AUGCCGCACCUGCUACUGCCGCUCGAGCCGCCCCGCGCGCGCACUUGCUCGUCUGCGCCGACCGCAGCUCACGCGCGCGCGCCCCUGACGCGGCCUCACUCGCCUGAUGCUUCCCCCGUCGCUACUCGCCUGCCGCGGCUGCGCUGCUGCUUCACAUGCGCCCCUGCCGCUCUGACCGUGUGCCCCAUUACCACUGCUCUGCUGGUGCGCCCACGCCCAGGCCGCCGCAGCCUGCAGCCCGCCCCCUCGCGCGACCCCCGCCGUCCUGUACUGCGACCCCGUCGACCGCCGUCGCCCGGCUUCUACCUCGCCGGCGCCGCUUCCUCGUCGGACCGCCCCACCGUCGGCGCCGCCUCCUCGUCCUCCUCCCCGCCGGACUACACGCCGUCCUCUCCGUCGUCGCUCGCCUCGUCCCCGUCCUCCUCCUCGACACCGCUGCCAUUCCCCCUACAUCGGACGGUGAGGCCCCCGGCCUCCUCUUCCCUCUCCAUUGCCUCGCCCUCACGACCACCGCACUCGCGCCACCCGCCCCGCACAGCCACCCCCGUGCUGCGCCCACCCCCGUCCGUGCACGUCCCCGACCGGCCCGCCCGCGCCGGCCGCACCCUGCUCCCCCACGACGCGCUCACCGCGACCCCCGCACCGGCCAUCGCCCCGCGCCCCUGCUCCUCGCGCUGCAACUACCUGAGGCCGCUGCUAGUUGCGCUGCUGUUGCUGAUGUCGCACCUGCUACUGCCGCUCGAGCCGCCCCGCGCGCGCACUUGCUCGUCUGCGCCGACCGCAGCUCACGAUCGCGCGCCCCCGACGCGGCCUCACUCGCCUGCUGCUUCCCCCGUCGCUGCUCGCCUGCCACGGCCGCGCUACUGCUUCACACUCGCCCCUGCCGCUCUGACCGCACGCCCCAUUACCACUGCUCUGCUGAUGCGCCCACGCCCAGGCUGCCGCAGCCUGCAGCCCGCCCCCUCGCGCGACCCCCGUCGUCCUCUGUUGUAG